AAACCGAGGAGUGCACGGCUUUGUUUUGAACGUUUCUGCUUCGUUUUCUUUUCCAAAGUGCUUCUCCUAUUCGCCGUCGACAUUGCUGCACUAAAUAGAUGUUUCUGUGUGCCUCCCUUUAGCUCGAGCACAGAGCACAGCGCGAGGAUCUUUUUUUUUUUUUUUUUUUUUUUUUUUUUUUUUUUACUCCUCCUUCGUAAUAAAGUCGCCAUUUUGCUUCACUGCCUAUAUAAACCAACCCUUGUAUUCUAAUAUUUUUUCCUACCAGGAGUCGUGGAGCUACCUAUCUUUCCUGCGUAUUUCUAAUAUAUGUGGUUUUUAUAAUAAGGAGAGAAAGCUGCAGGAGAAGUGGUGUGCCUCGUGGUUGUAUAUAGCCUACAUAUUAAUGCAGGAGAGGAGAGGAGAGGAGAGGAGGGCUGUUUUUUUGGAGACUGGGAAUAAUAAGGUGAUUUUCUUUUUCAUGUGCAAGACGAAAAUUGUUAAUUUCUGCUCUGUUUUUUCUUCCACCUCGUCGGAGUUGUUGGACGACGGUGUGACGGUGUGACGGCUGUCCGCUUCCUCUCAGGCCGCUUCCCAUAUGCCCAGUCUGACCGGUCCUUGACGCACAGCAGGUGGUGGUGGGAUUUGCCAUGUAACAUAACAUUGGUGCGAAAAAAAACGCCCACUUCGGUGCCUGUCUGCUGACCCCACUCCUACCUCACGUGGGUGACCCGGGGCCACCCGGCACCCUCAGCGCUGGGUGGGUGACUGACCGACUUCAGGCAUGGAGAGCCCAAGUGGCCCCAGGCUAGGGAAGCUGUCCUCAUCAGGGCUGCCAAGGGGCCGGACCCCCAAGCAUGGACAUCCCCAGGAGCCUGUCAGAAGCACGCAAGGCCCAGAAAACAACAACAAACACAGUCCGGUGUGUGAUGAGCCAGCAGAGGGGAAGAGGAAAGGUCGCCCUAAAGCAGAAGUGCAGGAACUGAGAAGCAUCCCUGCCCAUAUGAUAGUACAAUGGAAGGAAGAGUUUAAGCGCCGCUCCAGGGUUAAGUGUCCGUGUUCAGGCUGCUGGUUAGAGUUUCCCAGCAUCUAUGGCGUCAAGUACCACUAUCAACGCUGCCAGGGGGCCACCGUAGCCGAGAAGCUGAGUCAUGGCUGUCCCUACUGUGAGGCAGUGUUUGCCACAAAGGUGCGCCUGCAGAAGCACAAGCUGUGGAACCACCCAGACAGGGUUAGCAUGGAGCCCAAGGACGAGCAGCCUAAGCUUCAAAAGACCCCCGUCAAGUCCAACACCAAGAAAAGGCCCAUGGAGAACAGUCCCCCCUCGCCAGUGUUCUUCAAAGUGAAAAAGAUCCACGAGGUGUCCACGCCAUCUCAGAAUGGCGAGCUGGCCCACCAGAAGAGCGAGAGGAAACAGCACAGCCAGCCUCCACAGCAGAUUCAGCCGUCCCAGCCAGUCCAGCCUCAGUCCCAGGAGUCCCAGAGCACGUCAUCUGAUGCGGAGGGCAGUGAAAGUGAUGGGGACAGUCUUCCCCCUUCUUUCCCUGACGAAGACCCGGAGCGAAUGAGGCACAGACGGAAGCAGAAAACACCUAAGAAAUUCACUGGAGAGCAGCCGUCUAUAUCGGGAACGUUUGGAUUGAAAGGUAUGACUAAGGUGGAGGAGAAGCUGAAAGCGGGCCGUGCAAAGAGAUCAGAGGGGAGUGGGUUCAGUGAGGAGCCCCAGAGAAGACCCACUUCAAGUCAAUCCUCCAAGAAAGAUCCAGCUACAACCAGUUCUGGUGCCGACACCCAAUGGCAGCGAGCGAUCCACGAGCGAGGUGAAGUGGUGUGUCCCACCUGUUCCAUCGUCACCAGGAAAACAAUCCACGGCCUCAAGAAGCACAUGGAGAUUUGCCAGAAGCUCCAGGAUGCCCUGAAGUGCCAGCAGUGCCACAAACAAUUCAGGUCCAAGGCCGGCCUCAACUACCACACCAUGGCUGAACACAGCACCAAGCCCUCGGGGAGCGAAGGCCAGACGGGCGACAAGCACGAGGAGAGAGAAAGGCUGCGCCGAGUGCUCAAACAGAUGGGACGAAUCAAGUGUCCUAGUGAGGGCUGUUCAGCCCACUUUUCCAGCCUGAUGGGCUACCAGUACCACCAGAAACGUUGUGGAGGAGAGUUCUCUGACGUUGAGAAGCCUGUGUUUCUGUGCCAGCACUGUGGGAAAAGCUACCGCUCCAAGGCUGGCAGAGACUACCAUGUGCGUACCGAACACUCCCCGACUAUCACCACCACCACCAUGACAGCCACCACCGCCACCAACAACAACAACAACAACAAAGACAUUAUCACCGACACCAACAACAACACCGGCAAAGAGAGGGUGGCUUCUGAGGAGUCUCCAUCAUUAGGCAAGAAGGAGCAAAGCCAGCCGGAGAAGAAGGAUUGGCAGGAGAAAGCACCAUCCGGCCAGCCGAAGGAGAAGGAACGAGAAGCCAGGGACAAGGACAGGGAAAAGGAAAAGGAAAAGGAGAGUGAGCGAGUCAAAGUGAAACCAACGCAGAAUGUGAGCCAGGGGGACGACUUUGAACGGACCCCCAGUGGCAGAGUGAGGCGCCGGUCAGCUCAGGUGGCAGUGUUCCACCUGCAGGAGAUAGCGGAGGACGAGCUGGCCAAAGACUGGGGCACCAAGCGCCGCAUCAAGGACGACCUGGUGCCCGAUAGCAAGAGGUUAAACUACACCCGUCCUGGCCUCCCCAACUUCAGCCAAGAACUAUUAGAGACCUGGAAGAACCAAGUCAAGGAGAAGGGCUUCAUCUGCUGCACCAAUGAAAACUGUGAAGCGGUCUACUCCAGCGUAUCAGGACUAAAAGCCCACUUUGCCAACUGCAGCCAGGGUGGUGGAGAACUGGGAAAGUACACUUGUCUGAUCUGUCAGAAGGAGUUUAGCUCAGAGAGCGGUGUGAAGUACCACAUCAGCAAGACACACUCACAGAACUGGUUUCGUGCAGCAGCCAGUCAAGUGGCCUCCAGCACAAAGAGUAAAGCGCCGGAGAACAAUGGGAUCAAAGCAGAGGUGAGGAACGGCGCCACCCCUGGUAAGAAGAGGGGCCGCAAGCCCAAAGAGCGCCCCCCUGUGGACGCUCCCCUCCAAACAAAAACUGAAACACCAUCCACUACUCAAAACUCAACCCCUGACGUGACCCCUUCACAGUCCCCCACCCUGAUCCCUGACCCAACGGACAGCGCUAAUUCAGGCCAAAACAGACAGCCCAUCCUCUCCACCGCCAGACGAAGCAAACCCUAGAGGCCGUCGCUGUCAGAGUAGCUCUGCUUGUGUCGACCAGGAGCCAGAGAGGAUGCUUACUGUAAAUGUUGUGCCAGGAAGCUAAAAGACCCUUUCAACUCCACGAGGACUUGGCACUGAGAAGAAAGUUAAAUCAACCCUUAAGAAGUAAAACAUUUAGUACAGACUGAAAUCCCAGAGUUAAUGUGUCUACUGUUAUAAACAAUACUCACGUAACAGCAGUGUUUAAUUUCUCCAUUCCACCUUUGUCUCCUUUUUAAGGCACACAUUUCAGUUUCUGUACUCACAGCUCAGUAGUAAUCAAAGAUAAAAUCCUGACAUUUUCUAAACAGAGGUAGUAUUCCAAACUAAUACAGAGUAAUCCUCUCUACAAUAUUCAUGUUGUGUUUGAGAGGUUUUAAAAAGGAUAUUCUAUUAGCAUGGUGAAGUCAUUUAAUGAUAGCUAGUGUUUUCACAUUUGUUUUCCACAGAUAUACUGUACUGUGUACAUAAACAAUAUCUAUAUCUAUAUAUCUAUAUACUCAAAGCAAUGAUGCCAUCUGUCAUUUUAAAGCCUGACACGUCCAAUUGGAUCACGGGCAGUCAGAAUUUUUUGCAGUGUGUGCUGUAGUGCAAUGUUGUUUUGAACUUGAUUUUUUUUUUUUUUUUCUUUUCUUGUUUUUUUUACUUUUCAUGUUUCAAGUAAGCAAAUGUCAUAUAAGCUAAAAUGUUGGUCAGUUGUUUAUCAUAUUCCACUCUGUUUUGCUAUCACUUCAGUGACAUUUGUUUUUAUUUUAUCUGCAUCACAUGACGAUGAAAGGUAUCUGCUUUGAUGACCAUAAUUAAGUGUCAAAAGAUUAUUUCCACAGUUCUUUUACACUGAAGGUAAUAAGCAGAAUAACCCAAAAAAGUGAUUGUUUGAGAUUUCCAUCUGUAAGUUAUAAGUUAAUACUUAAUAUGGCAUUGUUUAAUUGAUUUAAAAAAAAAAACUUGAAGCAUUCUGUCUAAAAUAGGACUGGCAAAGCUAAACGUUGGACAGAGGGAUGAAUUUUUGUGUGAAGCUUGUUGCACCAUUGCAGCACAAUCAAAUGAUGUGACACCAUUUUAAAGGAGGCCAUGUUUUGGCUCCUGCUUUAGCUUGAAUCAAAGAGCUGAGGAGAGAAUAAAAAAUAUGUUUUAUAGAGAGGUUGAGGGAAAUAAUCUUUUAUUAAAACAGAAAAAAUUGCAAAUGAAGA